CCACGUAGAUCCAUUUCAAAAGGCGCGGACACACGCAACCCAAUCCUCCUGCCUGUUAGUACAUCUCAGUGACGAGGAGGGCUCCAUCGACGUCACCGGACAUACCGACCAACCACCCCCACUCCCGCCUCAUCACCCUCCGCCCGCGCUCCCCGCCUCCUCACUCCCUCCCGAACCUCACAAGUACUGGGGCACGGCUGACGCACAAGACUGCGCGUCGCGCCGUUUAUCCGCCAGCCAAAUCAGGUACCCUUUCACAGUCGGCAACGUCGGCCGCGCAUGUGCAGCAACACUAACCAUCUGCAGCUUCGGUGGGGUGGUGGGUGCCGUCGAGUCCACCGAGCUCUGCGUCGUGGCAGAUGAGGCGGACGCGAGGAGCGAGGACGAGUCAUCGGAGCACGACGAGCUGUCCGAGUCCGACGGCGCCUUGGGCGGGACGACCGGGACAGCAGCUGGAGCAGAGAAAGCCGCGACAGCGUCGACUACGAACACAUCAAUCUGCUGCACGUGCAGACGAAACUCGUGUAGUGUCGGGCGCAGCUCUGGGUCCCGCUCGAAACACGCGCGGAACAACGCGGUGGCCGGGUCCACGAGACGCAGUUUCGUGCGCAGAUAGCCGUCGGGGUCGCCGCUGAAGCGCGCGAAGUGCCGGUCGUCGCUGUGCGCCGCGCCCCAGGGCAGUUUGCCCGUGACCAGCACCAGGAGGAGGAUGCUGCACGCCCAGAGAUCGUUCGAUCGCGGCGAGUACGUGCCGCAGGCCAAGUCGGGGUCCAGAAUCUCUGCAUCGUCGGGCGGUGAGCAUCCAACGAGGGCGGACGACGUGCACAGGGCAACGUACCGGGACUCAUGUAGAAGUGCGUGCCGAACCCGAAUUCGUUGGACACAACAUCGGUGGUGGCCAGCCCAAAAUCGCAGACCCGGAUGUUGCUGCCGUCCAGGUCGCACAGGAUGUUCUCCGGCUUGAGGUCGCGGUGGAACACGCCGCGGUCGUGGAGGUACUCGACCCCGUCUAGGAUCUCAGACAUCGCUCGCUUAGCCCGGCCCAGCUGCCCCCUAAACACCUUCCGCUCAAUCAUCGCCUCGAAUAGAUCGCACGCGGACAGCUCGACGACGGCGAAGACGUGCUGCGCGGUGCGGAAGGAGCGGAAGAACCCCGUGAUGUGGCGCCCGCUGCGCACCGCGUGGUGCGUGCGAAGUUCGUUCACUACGCUCGCCUCGGAGCGCGAGCCCGCGGGGCUCCUGCGCAUGCACUUCACGGCGACGAGGCGAGGCGGGGACGUGCAGCGGUCGGGGCUGGCGGAGUGGUCGAUGGCCUUGUACACCAUGCCGUGCGUGCCGGCGCCGAGCAGCUUAAUGAGCUCGAACCGGCCGUCGUCGAUUUCGGUGUUGACGAGAUUGGGGAGAGCGAGCAAUGACAUUGGAUGAAGGUGAAAAGAAGUGAAGUGUAGGUGAUGAAGCGGUACGAUCACAGCUACGAAGGGAGAGAAUGCAGGUGGAAAGUAAGAAGAUUCGG